AAAAAACGAAUUCAUCUAUGGUGCAUCAUAAGAUUGUUCUCUUUGCCAUAAUUUGUUUAGUUUCAGCAACUACAGUUACAAAGUAAGAUAUUUAUAUGUUAACUAAUAUAGUAAUUAAGGAGUAAUGGAUUCAUAUGUAAAUCCAGGUCUGUAAUCUUAAAUAGAUGAAUUAACAUAAUCAAAGAUUGGACAUAUGGUAAUUGAUUUAGCUGAAGUUACGAUGAGAGUUACUGGAGCUGUUGAUUCAUUAGUUGAAGGAGUUAAAGCAUUUGGUAGAUAAAUUGAAGAGAGAUUGAAAUUAGAAAAUACCUAAUGGGAAGUUGUUGAAAGUGAACAUAAUGCUAAAGUUAUUUCACUUAGUUCAUAAGCUAAUUAAGCUGAAUUUGAUAUCAAUAGAGAAAAGAAAGUAUUAAAUAGUGAAUUAAUUCCAAGACUUCAUGAAUUAGAUGAUGUAUAUUAUAAUCUAAUAUUUAUUAUAGAUUUUAUUAGGUCUUAAAGCUAAAUAAACAGAUAAUGCUUAAUCAUUUAAAGAAGCUGAAGCUGCUAGAAAUACUUAACAUGAUUCAUUUGUAUUAACAACUACUGAAUUUACAGAUGCUUUAAGAAAUAUUGAUGAAGCAUUAGAUUUAUUAACCGAUUUAUUCAAAAGUGGAGAAGUUAGAGCUGCAUUCAUUGAAGUUACUGAUGAAUAAAAACAUAAAGUUAAUAAAGCAUUAAGAUAAGUCAAAGCUAAUACUGAAAAUUUCGGUCAUUAAUAUUCUUCAUUUAUCUAAGCAUUAACUAAUCUAACAGAAGGAUUCAAUUUCAAAGAUAGAUAAGUUUUAAAAGAAAUGUGUGAUUUCUUAAAUAGUUUAAGAUUAAAUAUUUUUGAUGCUUUAACUAAAGCUUAUAAAGAUGAAGAUAGUCAAAAAUAAUAAGAUGAAUUAAGAAGAUAAUAAUUAACUGCUGAAAAGGCUGUUUUUGAUUAAUAAUAUGCUGAUUUCUAUUAAGAAAGAGAAGAUAAAACAGGUAUAACAUUUUAAUUUAUUUUAUUUAGUUAGAAUUUCUGAUGUUGAAACUAUGAUUUCAACUAGAGAAGCUGAUCUUAAAGCUUAUUAAGAUAGAUUAAGAACUGAAAACAAUAAUUAUUCAGCCAAUCUUAAAAUUCAUGAUGAUAUUGUGGUAAAUCAUUUAAUAUUAUUUAAUUAUAGUCAUCUGUUUAAUAAGAAUUAGCAGUUCUUGCAAAAGCAUUAUAAGUGGUUUAAACUCCACCAUUUUUAGAUUUCUUAAAUGGAAGAAUUGCUAAAGCNUUUUUGCUAAUGAAAAUUUAUUUUAUUCAUUAAUUACAAAAACGAAUUAAAUGAA